UGGUACGUUACCAACCCUUGACUUUUUAAAUCAGAACUUUCCAAACUUAAUCAAAAAUGACACCAAGUGUAUGCUCUGUAACUCAGCAGAAGAGAGUAACGAUCAUAUUUGGAAAUGUCCAACCCUAUUACCACAUAUUCGUUCAACUUUCAGACUUCUAGCUGAUCAAGCUCAGACGUUCCUUCAAAAAUAUGCAGAUAAAUUGAAUCUAUGUAUUACUGAUUCUAUCAAAUAUUCCAACACUUUUUGUUGGUCCUUUUACAACGACGCACCAAUCACGGAUAAUGCAACCUUACUUUUACGUUCUUAUGUAUCAGAAGAUCUAUUCCGUACAUUUAGAACCCACUUUCUUACACAAGGAGCGACGAUUAAGGCCAUACUUAAAUUUAUGGAAACAGCGAGAUGCCUAAUUAAACGUAAUAUUUGGAAAGUUCGAUCCGCCACGUGGAAAGAUAAAAAACGUAGGUUACAGAUAACGAAAAAGAGUUUUAAAAAUUAUCAACGUGAUCCUCGUAUGAAGACUACCAGAGCGCCCAGACGUCAUAAUAUUGGCUAUAUUUGCCCUCAAACAGUAUCGUUAUAUAAUAAUUAUAACCGUUCUGAUCUCAUUUUUAUUAUAUUAGCAUCUUCAA